AUGGCGUCGCCCGAACUCACCGCAGCACUGGAGUCGGUGGAAGAUAGUUCGGUGGCAGUCAAGACAAGGACAUACACCGACCUACUUUCACGACUGACGACUUCGCCCUCUCGUUCAACUGAACAACAUGCUACUAAUCUCGUUACAUACACUGAUUCUCUGUUGACCUCGUCACUUGGAAUAAUCACGAUCCGUCCACUCCUAACAACCCUGAUCCAAUCUCUCGCCUCCUCUGCCUCAGAGGUCAAAGUCGCAGUUGGCUCCCAUCUCGCCGAAGCGCUCCAGUCACAGUUGGCGUCUUUUGAGGAACAAGAUGCCGCCGUCCGAGAGAUCCUGGCGGGGGGUUAUGAGGCGGAAGAGGAAUACAGCGCAGCAGCAAAAGCACUACAGGGGAUCAAUUUGGAUUCGACCCAGCGACAGGUCGACGAUCGCAAGAAAGUCGAAACAUGGAUCCGUAUUGUGAGGAACUACUUGGAGGAUGACGAUACUGUGGCGGCGGAGACUGGUCUGAAUAAAAUCAAGAAUGCUGCUGCUGCGGUACCGGUGUUGAAGGACAAUCCGGAUCUCAGACUUCACUACCAAUUGUCACAAGCACGGAUUCUGGAUUCUCGACGGGAUUUCCUGAAUGCAUCUGCAGAGUAUUUGAGUGUCUCUUUCAACAGCAUCGCCGACGAGGAUGACCGGAGAAGAGCUCUUUCAGCGGCCAUAAAGACGGCGAUUCUGGCACCUGCCGGCCCACAACGCAGUCGAACGUUGGCGAAGUUGUACAAGGAUGAGAGAUCCACUGAGACUGAGGAAUACGGCAUACUGGAGAAUAUGUUCCUCGACCGGCUACUGUCACCCACGGAAGUCGAAGCAUUUGCAGCGACUCUUGCUCCUCACCAGUUGGCCAAAACUGCUGACGGAAGCACAGUGUUGAGCAAAGCAGUCAUUGAGCACAACCUGCUCGCAACCAGUCGUUUGUAUGAGAACAUUACCACAGCUGCACUGGGACAGAUUUUGGGUCUCAAGGAUGGCAAAGAUGAGACAGCAGCGGAGAAAGCUGAAGACUACGCCGCUCGGAUGGUGGAACAAGGUCGUCUUCGAGGAGAGAUUGAUCAAAUUGCAGGAGUGAUCAUUUUCGAGACCGUUCCUGGAGUCGAAUUGCGUGGACCCACGAGGGACCUUCGCGAGUGGGAUUUAGGCGUGCAAGGGUUGGUUGAAGAUGUCGAACGCUAUACUGCGGGCAUUGCUGAAAGCUUUCCGGUGCGCUCCCUUCCUUGCAAUCUACAGUUGCACAGCAAAAGCUAA